UUAACGCAAGCAAUAGGACGACACGAGGCAAAUGGCGAAGGUGUCAAAGAAAUCUACAAAGUAAUCCAAUACGUUUAUACAUCUGAAAGAGUUAAUAAAGAAGAGGCAGACCGCGAGUGUUGACGCAAUUAGUGGGCUGUUUGGAAGAAAGAUGGCGUCGGGGGAGGAGGAACUUUCUCGAAGGAGAGAGGAGAACGAGCGACAACAACUGGAGGUUUGCACGACGUACGUUGAGCACAAUAUUCCAGAUGUCGAGCAGCGCAGCCCUCAGCGGCAGGGAGGGAGCGCCACUUUGAAGCAGGAGGCUCCACACACCCCCCACGCCAAGGAGGAAGAGGAUGAUCUCUGGACCACUCAAGACGAAGAUUGUCUUCUCGGGCCGGAGGAUCUCACCAAGUGGCCGCAGACUUGUGUCUCUAUUAAAACCGAAGACCACGAAGACGCAGCAUCCGAGUCCUCAGAGCUUCAUCACAGUCCAAACGUCCAGCAGCUGAUUGUUCAUCAAGUGGAACAUAACCUCCAGCCGCAGGAGGGGACCUCCACUUUGAAGCAGGAGCCCCCGCAUGUUAAAGAGGAAGAGGAGGAAAUCUGGACCACUCGGCAAGGAACGUGUUUUCUCGGGUCACACGAGGCUGACCGCACCCAGUUGCAGCCGACCGGUGUCUCUGUGUGGACCGACUACUAUGAACACAAACCACAUGAGUUGUCGCAGCUUCUUCCCGAGGCUGAAGACGGGGACUACACCCAAGAAACUUUGAGCAGCGAUGUUGAUUGUGAAGGCGAUAAGAGGACUCGCGGCGACGGCAAGAACACCGGAUGCUCUAAAAAGAAGACAGGAAAAAAAGAUAGACUUGCAUCGUGUGACGUGUCCGAACAACCGGCUAAAAAAAGACCUCGGAAAUCGCAAAGAUUUCUCGACCGUUAUGGAGAGCGAUGGCCUUGCCUCAUCAUUUCCAGGCUGCCUUAUCACGCGUUCUGCACCGUGUGCAAGACAGACAUCGACAUCAGUCACCAAGGGGCAACAGAUUGCCGACGCCAUGUAGAAGGAGCAAAACACAAAAAAUUUGAACGGGCCUUACCCUUUGUCCCGAAGGUCGCCCCAACAUUUUCUGGCGAUCCGGAUCUACGGACCAUCCGGGCAGAAACACUGUUCACCAACUUCAUAGCGGAGCACAACUUGCCAGUGGCUGUCGCCGACCACGCGGGACCGUUAUUUAAGAAGAUGUUUCCAGACAGUCAGAUCGCCCAACAUUACGGCUGCGCCAGAACCAAAACCACCGCGAUACUGAACACCAUUUCUUCAAACGACGAACAAGUCAUCACCGAGCUAAUGUGCCGCUUCCCUUUCAGCAUAGCGACUGACGGCAGCGCAGCAGAUGUGGACGGUGUGAAAUUGCAUCCCUUAGUUGUCCGUGUGUACGAUCCCAGUGUUGGGAAAAUAGCCGUAGUGCUGCUGAAAAUUGUCGAGUGUCGGGAUUCCACCAGCGAAGGGAUAUACAACGUUAUCGACCAGGAACUAAACAAACGGAAAAUACCUUGGAGCAAUUGCGUAAGCUUCGCCGCUGACAGCGCCUCGGUCACGCAGGGGCCGAGAAAAGGUGUCGCGGCGUUCCUAAAAUCCCAGAAUCCGCACAUUUACAUAGUCGGCUGCGCGUGCCACCUCAUGCACACAGCCGCGGAGAAGUCUUCGUCCAGUUUGAGCGUUGACAUCGAGGACAUGCUGAUUGUGAUCUACUACUACCUGGACAAGAGUAGCAAGAGGAAAGCGUUGCCGCACGAGCUUCAAACGCUGUGCGACACCGACGUCAGGAAGAUUUUGAAGCUAUCCUCCACAAAAUGGCUGGCUCUUAGCAAAUGCGUCCAGCGGCUCCUCCAACAGUGGGAACCCCUGACGCGUUUUUUUGCCGAUGAAGCAACAGGAAAGGACGAAGCAUCGUCGGUUCAUCUCUCAACUCUCACAGCGACGUCUGGGAAGUCCUCCAGCUUUUUGAAGACCAAAUUCUGUCGCAGAAAGUCCAAAACGGGGGUUGACCAUUUUUUGUGUCGUCCAAAAGAAACAGCGGAGAAUCAGAAGGAUGUGUCGGAAAACACGGACGCGACGGCGGUCACAAAACCGCAAAGGGUGUACGCGUUCCUGACUGACCCGCGGUCCAUGCUCUAUGCUCUCUUCUUGAAAAGAGCCAUCCCGUUAUUUGAAACGGCGAAUCAGACCCUGCAGAAGGAGGAGCCAUGCGUGCACACGUUGCUGCAGACGUUGGAGCUGCAGUUACAAAAGCUGCUGCUGGCCUUCUGCAAACCCGAGCGCGUGGUGGAAAUGAUGGAGGAAGUCAAACGAGGACACCAACCCACCUUGUACCAAUCCGGCGAGCACCAGCUUCCCGAUGAGGAGCUCUGCAUCGGACAUGACACGCAGAUAUUCAUCAAAAGCCAGGUUCAAUUACCUCUUGGAGCUUUUUUCCGGGAUGUGAGGAAAUAUUUCACAGCGGCUGUUGACUUCCUGUUAUCUUCGUUCCCCUUUGGGGACGAGUUGCUGCAUCACGCCGCCGUCGCCGACAUCAGCAGACGCCAAACAGCCAAAUUCUCCUCGCUGACGUACUUAGUGGACAGGUUCCCGUGUUUGUUAGGGAACGGCGUCACGGUCGAUAAAGUGGACGAUGAGUUUCGUCUCUUUCAGUCCACCGCCCUGGACGACGAUAUUCUUACCAAGCGUGUCGAUGAGGCUUGGAUAGAAUUAGGAGCGAUGGAAUCGGGAGGGACGAAGCUGUUUUGGAACCUGGCGACCGUUAUGCUCGGCGUGUGUGUGAUUUUUCACAGCAACGCCGACUGCGAAAGGAUCUUCAGCUUGGUUACGAAAAACAAGACGGCGCGUCGGGCUUGCCUGAGCACGGAGGUUCUCAGUUCCCUGGUGACAAGAAAAGUCAUGAUCGCCUCCAAAGGCAGUGCUUGUUACAAAGAGACGUUCACUGACACGUUACUUAAAAAAGCCAAAUCUGCAACUUAUAAUAAGUUUAACAAAGCCAAUGUUUGAACAUUAUAUAUGUUUUUUAUUCAUGAAUGGAUAACUCAUAAUUUUGCACAUAAGGCGUGUAACGUUCAGGGAGUAACGGUACGCCAUCCUCUCAGUUCAGUAUAUACUUUUCGGUAUUUAAGGCUCAAGAUUCGGUUCAUUUUUGGGACUGCUUAACUCCAGAGAUCACAAGAUCACCUUGUCAAUCGUUCAAUUCCCUAAUUUUAUAUUUAGGGAAAAAUAAAUGCAUGAUCAGGCUGCACGGAGGUCGAGUGGUUAGCACGCAGUACAGACUUAAACUCCUCCGCUUGGGGAAAAGUCUCAUUCCCAACCCGGAGAUCGCACUUCACUUUUUUUGCAAGAACCAUGAAGUCAGACUUGGAGGUGGAUCCAGCAGGACUACAUGUGCAAAAAACAGAAACCCAGUCCUGCAGCCAUCAAGCCUGUCCUGCGCCUGGGAAUUCCGUCCAAAGUAAUAAACAGAAUUGGGGACAAAGGGCGGCCCUGGCGGGGUCCAAACCUCAUUGGAAACGGGAAUUUGGUGGUCCGGUACCCCGUAUUUCCGGAGUCCUCCCCACAGAAUUCCUGAAGGAACAUGCCUUGAAUGCCUUCUCCAAGUCCACCAAACACUUGUAGACUGGUUCGGCCAAAGGUGUAGAGUUGGUCCACAGGCCCCCCCACCAGGACGACAUGAUGGUACAGAGUCAUGUCAAUCAAGACAAGCCCACAGCAUUGAGGGCUUUAAGGAAUGUGGGCGAAUCUCAUCCACCCCCAAGGGGGCCAUGCCACCGAGGAGUUUUUUGACCACCUCGGCAAACUAUGUCCCAGAAAAUAGGAAAGCCCACCACGGAGGCACUGGACAUACCCGGUGUUGACUGUGCAGAUGGCAGAUGGUGGUCCAGAAUCCGGACCUCAUUCUCCAUGGCUUUUUGCCUCAAAGACCGCAGACCAGCUUCCCUGCUGGUACAUGUCAGCUGACUCUGGAGUCCUUUGGGUCGAAAAGACCUGAUAAGGACAUCCGAUAAAAUACUGAAAUGUGCCUAAACGUGGCCAACCAGAGUAUUUGGCAGCCAUUUUAAUUAGAAAUUACAUUUGAACAUAUUUGGGCUGUUUUUGCUGUAUCACUGUCCAACCAGAUCAAAACAGUUUGUUAUUUUAUGUUUUUAUGUAUGUAUGUUUUAUUUUUUUACCAGCAAUAUCUUGUUCAGGUAUUGUUUUAUGAUGCGACUGUUAUUAUUAUUAUUAUUAAUAGAUUUUAUUCUGACAAUAGACGACAAGUAGCUGUGUGGUUGGGGAAGCGAUUGUAUUUCUAGAACUAUGUGUAUGACGGACCAUUUGUCCUUUGAGAACCAAAAGACGUACAAUAUUGCGAUGUAAUCCAUACGCGUUAUUCAAUGUAAUCUCUGUUAUUGUUAUUAUGCAUGACCAAAAAUCAUAGUCAAAAAUGAGCAAAACCAGGCAAUUGCUUCCAGCAUCAAGUUGCUGCGUUGGAGAGCUAGUGUAUGUGAUCAUCAUCCAUGCUUAUUAUGGUUAAGAUGAUGUCAUUAUCAUCAUGUGGGGGUGUACUGUA